AUGAGUACUAUAUCUGCUAUUAAUGAGAAGGAUAUCCAUAGACUGACUUCUGGACAAGUCAUCGUUGAUCUAGUUAGUGCCGUAAAAGAAUUAGUAGAUAACAGUAUCGAUGCACAUUCCUCUCAGAUCGAGCUCACCUUCAGGGAUAAUGGACUAGAAUAUUUUGAGUGCAGUGAUGAUGGUGACGGUAUAGCCCCAGAAAAUUAUUCUUCACUGGCUUUGAAGUAUCACACAUCCAAGAUUACCAGUUUUCAGGAUGUAUCGUCAGCUCAAACAUUGGGCUUUAGAGGUGAAGCAUUAUCGUCUUUAUGUGGAGUAGUUUCCAAGUUUUCUGUUAUUACUACCAUUGAGCCACCUCGGGCUGAUGCUCUAGAAUAUGCUAGAGAUGGUUCAUUGGUCACGAGGUCCACGGCAACACGUAAUAAAGGUUCCACUUUCCAAGUACAUAAAUUAUUCGAUACUUUACCAGUGAGAAGAAAGGAAUUUGAAAGGACGGUUAAACGACAAUUUACCAAAUGUAUUAAUCUCUUACAAAGUUAUGCUAUAAUUCAAGAAAAUAUCAAAUUUACCGUUUGGAAUAUAAGCUCCAAAGGUCGGAAAUCUUCAGUUUUGACAACUACUGGCCACCAAAGCAUUCCGAAAAAGAUUAUUAGCAUAUUUGGCUCAAAUGCUAUGCACGGUCUAUCUCAUAUCGAUAUUGUGGUAGAUUUGAAUCCUUUCAAGGAUCGUAUCAUGAAGAGGUAUCUUGAUGAUCCAACUUUUGAAAAUAUAGAUUACAAAAUUCGUUUAGUUGGUUACAUUUCCAAGAUCUCGUUUGGUUGCGGAAGAUCAUCCAAAGACAGACAAUUCUUCUAUAUUAAUAAGAGGCCUAUACAAUAUCAACAACUGGCUAAGUGCUGUAACGAUGUUUACAGAUUAUUCAAUAAUGUACAGAACCCUGCUAUAUUUUUAAACUUAGAAGUUUCUCCAUCUUUAGUUGACGUCAAUGUGACACCCGAUAAGCGGACAGUGUUAUUACACAACGAGAAAUUGGUAAUGGAUCUAAUCAAGACCUCAUUAACAGAAUAUUUUAAUGCGGAGGAUUUCUCAUUGCCUAAAAGAAGCGCAACUGUAAUGAAAACUACUAUUCCACCCAAAAGAAUCAAGACGGAAACAGAAUAUUCUUCAAGCCAAGAGUUACUUAAUGCCUUUCAAGAAGAUGUGAAGAGGCAGGUCACUAUUAGUAAAGAUGCCAUUCCAUAUGAGGUUAGUAUAAUGGACAAAACAAACAUACGUGAUCAAAGAUUGGAGGAAUCAGAUGAAAAAGAAGUAGGGGUGCAAACAACGUUAGCCAUUGAAUUAAGAGGCGAUGGGGAACACGAACCAACCAAUACAGACGAACAGUGGACCGAUAAUCCCCAUAGGUCACCAAGCUUAACAGUAUCAGAAGAAUAUGUGGAUAAUAACGCUGCGGAUAGUCUUGAAAGACCAUUGGAAUCUUUAGAGGGCACUGCCUCUUUAAAUGACGAUAUUGUCAAAGUGACAAUUGCAAAUGAACGGAGUGAACAAGAACUUGUAAGGGAAGAGGGCAAUUUAGUAGGGCUCGUUGCAGAUGAAGUGGCAAACAAGGAUGAUGUCUCGACAAAUGAUGAGGAGAUUGAUGAUGUCUUUCUAGAUGAACCUACAGUAAAGCAAGAAUUGAAUGUUUGUUCAUCCUCAAUGGGCAACAGCUCUGACAAGAUUAGGCUACUAAGUGAUUACAAACCAUCUAAUAAUACCCGUCUGUAUUCACUCAAACGGAAUUUGAGACUUCCUUCUCUCAAACGACUCAUUUCGACAGGGAUUGACAUUAGAGGUAAAUUAGAUUCCGAAAAUAGUCUGCUAGCGGAGGACGGGAUUUCCUCCUUCGAGGAUAAAAACUCAGAACUUUUGGAAGAUAGUCUUCAACAUCUGACAUUGACGGUAAAGAAGCCAGAUUUUAAAAAAAUGGUAAUAAUAGGACAAUUCAACCUUGGGUUCAUUGUUGUCACGAGGAAACUGGAUAAUAAGUAUGAUUUAUUCAUUGUUGAUCAGCAUGCAAGUGAUGAAAAAUACAACUUUGAAAUGUUGCAGAAGGAGACAGUAUUCAACUCGCAGAGGCUGAUAGCACCGCAGCCUAUGGAUCUGAGUAUAAUUGAUGAAUUGGUCGUUAUAGAUAAUAAACAAGUUUUUGAAAAAAAUGGCUUCAAGUUAUCCAUUGAUGAAGACGCUGCUCAAGGAAGGAAAAUCAAACUUCUUAGUCUCCCGGUUUCGAAGAAGACAGUGUUUGGUCUUGAUGAUUUCGAUGAGUUAAUCCAUUUAGUGAAGGAAAACAAUACAUCAGAUAAUGGUACGAUCCGUUGUUCGAAAAUUCGUUCAAUGUUCGCCAUGAGAGCAUGUCGAAGCAGUAUAAUGAUUGGAAAACCAUUGACGACGAAGAUCAUGACAAGGGUGGUUCAUCACUUAGGGGAUUUAGACAAACCAUGGAAUUGCCCGCAUGGUCGCCCCACUAUGAGACACUUAGCCGAAUUGGGGAAUUGGACGUCAUUUACGGACGACUACUCUUUGUAA